GAGCUGGGACCCCACGCGUGGGCGGCAGCGGCCCGAGCCUGCCCUCAGCCCUGGCUGACAGCGGUGCCCCCUUUCUGCAGCCCGAGCAGCCCCCAGCAGCCCACCAGGAGCAUGGCUCAGCCAGAGAGCAAACUGGUGUCCCCGCCGGUGGCACCCUCAUCCCCCGAGCUGGAGUGCCACAUCUGCUACAGCCGCUUCGACGCCCGUGUCCGCAGGCCCAAGCUGCUCCGCUGCGGCCAUCGCCUCUGUGCCCGCUGCCUGCGCAGGAUUGUUCCCCCCGGGGACACUUCAACCCCCCAGCUCCGCUGCCCCUUCUGCCGCCAGCACAGCCCAGUGCCGGGCGGGGACGUGCAGCAGCUGCAGGAUGACGGUGAGGCGCUGGCACUGCUGACAGGCCGUGAAUGGGCCAAGAAACGGGGUCCACCCCGAUCUCCUGAGGUACUCCUUUGUCCCAGUGUGCUGGAGCCCACGUCCAGCCCCGACUGCCUGGUUGUCACCAUCCUGGAGGUGCCAGAGGAUGUGGCCCCACCAGAGAGCCUGGGCAGGCUGGAGGUGGUGCGGCUCUACCGCCCCAGCAGCCUGGGUGCACUGCCCUGCCACGGCCCUGGGCAGAAGUGGCGCUCCUGGGGGUGGCAAGCCAUCCCCCGCUUCAUUCUGGGCUUCCUCUGCCUCCUCUACUUCAGCUCCCUGCCCUUCGGCAUCUACCUCCUGCUCAUCGAGCACCACAGCCUGGGCAUCAUCCUGGUCAGCCUUGUGCCCUCCACCCUCCUUCUCUGCAUAGUGUACAGCCUCUGCCAGUGCCUGUGCCUGGAGGUCUUUGGGUUCCCCCACUCCUGACCCUGCACAGCCAACCCCUGUGCCUGAGCCAGGCAGGAUUUGGGUUCCUUGGGGCGUUGUCCCUUGAGGUACACAUGUCCUCUGACCUACAGCAUGCUCUGCCUGGACCAUGGGGAGAAGUUCAGUGCCUGGUGCCUUCCAUGCAGAACAGCACUGUCAUUUCCUUGUGGGUGCUCACACUGGCUGGAGCGGCUGCAGGAGCUCGUUGCAGCCUACAAGCAUUUGUGCCAGACCCUCAGCUCCUUGUCCUCCUCCUCCACAGCAGACAAGGAGCAGGAGCCAGGACACCAAUCCCAACUGAGGAAGCGCCAGGGCUGGGAGCUGGGCAGAGGGAUGGGCAGAGCCCGGGGGCUCCUGCGGCCGGACUGGCCCCAGCACGGCUCCGUGUCCAUAGUGUAAAUAGUUCUGUCCAUGGUGCCCACAC